CAGUUCCAGCAUAUUGCUUACCACACGGAAGAGGCAAGUAGCUGAAUACGGUAUUCUCAAGCCGCCAUUUGUCUACACAGUGCGCCGCCUCAUGAAAAACGACGCCUGGAAGUUAUUUAUGGAAGAAUACCGGCGACACAAUCAAGAAGAUAAACUCAGCGCAGAGAAGGAGAAUAUAGGGAAGGAGAUGGUGAAACGCUGUGAAGGGGUCCCAUUGGCGAUCAUCAAACUCGGUCAAGAGUUGGCAGGUAAAGAAAGCCUGGACGAGUGGAGUAUAGUGCAUCAAAACUUGAUGUCAUUUCUAACUGACAAUGUACUACAAGUUUUAGCUCCGAGCUUUGAUGACUUACCAGAUCACCUCAAACUAUGCUUUAUUUAUUUGGGCCUUUGGCCAGAAGACUCAGUGAUAGAUGCAGAGAAGUUAUAUCACUUCUGGAUCGUCGAAGGCUUAGUAAAGCCGCAAGAUAUCAGAGUCGGAGUAACAGCGUUAAAUGUAGCAGAGCAAUAUCUAACAGAACCUGCAAGGAUGAGUAUGGUUGAGGUUGAAGAAGAGGAUGCUCCAAGUGUUAGAAGGCUCAAAUUUUGCCGCGUUACCAGAAUGAUGCGACAACUAUGUAUAUCAAAGGGUAACCAGAUAAAUUUCAGCCACAGGAUUGAUUCUUUGGUAGGUUCAAAUUCCACUUCGUCAUUUUUAAGAAACAAAACAGGACGCUUGUUCGUGUGUCUAGAAAAGCUAGAGGAUAGCGGCAUUCUGGCCAAGAAACAGCACACUUGGAACCUUCAUAGCCUACAUAUCCUUGAUGCACACAAGCGGCAAGCCAAGAGACCUGUACGGUUGUCAGGCAAGUUUGAUGUUGAGGAGUUAAGGUUGCUUAGACUUCUCGAUUUUGAUGGGGCUGAAAUUGGAUGGGACGAAAUAGCAGCUGAUGGGAGGUCAGUUAUUAGACGGAGUGAAUUACUGGAAGGGAUAUCCAAGCUAGUUCGCUUGAGGUAUCUGAGUUUCAAGAGAUGUAUUUUGACUCAGUUACCAGCGGCUAUUAGUAAUUUGCUAUGCUUACAAGUACUUGACUUGCGCGUGGAUGAUUCGAUUACUGAGGUGAUUCUGCCAAACGUGCUAUGGAAGAUGAGAAAAAUGAAACAUCUAUAUCUUCCACGGAUGUUUCGAACAUACACUGGAGACAAAUUGCGGUUAGAUGGCUUGACAGAGCUUGAGACACUAGAGAACUUCAUCACAAGGGUGUGCAACGUUACUGAUCUGCAGACAUUGACCGAACUUCAUAACCUAGCUGUGAAGAUUGACGGUGAUCUCACUGACCUACAGUUCAUCAACGAGCAUCUGAAACAACCUUCCAACAAACAGAUCCAGUUGUCUAUUGAUGUCAGAAACUUUGACUGCUUUGUAGAUAACAGGCAUUCUGUUAUCAGGGAACUAUUACAGUAUCGAGCUAUCCGAAUUUUUUGCAUUGAGGGGCAUAUCCGCGAGCUGCCACCAAAAAACAAAAUCUCCCCAAGUUUGACUAAGUUAGUCCUGAUUGGCUCUGAACUUGAGAAAGAUCCUAUGGAAAGUUUAUCUAAGCUUCCCAAUUUACGGGUUCUAGUCCUCGAUGAUAAUGCUUUUGAAGGGACGGACAUGGUCAGUCCUCCUUCUGGUUUUACUGAACUCAAACGUUUAGAAAUCUUGAAUUUGAUAUUUUUGGAGAGUUGGACUAUACAAAACAAUUCUGUGCCCAAGCUUUCUAGCAUAAAAAUUGAAAAUUGCCCGAAAUUGAGGAUCCCAGAUGGCUUCAAGUUCCUCGCUGCUCUCAAAAAAUUGGAGAUUGCAAAGAUGCCUAAAUCAUUUGCAAAUAUGCUCUGCGGGAUAGAUGGAAGACGAGACGAAGACACAGACAUAGUAGAGUAUGUGAAGAUCACUUUUCCGAUAACUGAUGAGAUAACCAGGUCACAAGAUGAAGCCUCCUCAUCAGAUGUGCAUACAGCUUAACAUUCCAUGCUGCUAUCAAUAAAAAAUGGUGAAAGACCCUCUCAUUGUUGAGUUGAAGUUCAUUCCUGCUUUUUUUCCUUUUUUUAAAUGUUGCACUCGAGAAGAAGUUUUGUGAUUAUUUGUUAUUUUUUGAAGACAUUGCCAUGUUUGUGUGUGUUUAAUUUAUGAAGGGACUGAAUUGGAUUAUGGUUCA